AUGUUUGACAACGAAUCAUACACGACGGGCAAUAUUCUCUACAGCUCUGACUUUGGCGAUGGGUGGGAACACGAGAUCACUGUCAAGGGCCGGGACGCAGCCACGGAUCACUUUGCCUACCUCUCGAGAUCGGGGCACGCCGUCGCCGAGGACGUCGGCAGCCAUUGCAGAUGCGGAUGGGAGGAGCUCAAGAAGGCCUACCGCACCGCGAACCCGGACGAGCACCAGCUCAGGCGCCGCAGGUGGUACGAGCGGGUAGCGGAGGCCGAAGACCGCCGCGGCCGGCGGGCGAUAUUCCCAACGAGUGGAACAAGAGGGUGGUCAACCACCAGCUUGAGCGGAUGA